AUGGUGGACGAAAAAUAUAUAGGACUUGCGCUCGCAAUCUCGGGGACGUUUGCCAUCGGAGCCAGCUUUGUCGUCACGAAAAAGGGUCUCACUGCAGCCGCUCGACUCAGCGCUGGAUACGAAGAUGCGAGCGAAUACCGCUAUUUACAGAACCCCCUGUGGUGGGCCGGAAUGAUUCUAAUGGUCAGCGGCGAACUUGCAAACUUUGCGGCAUACGCAUUUGCUCCUCCGAUUCUGGUAACACCUAUUGGAUCCCUGAGCGUCAUCAUUGGUGCCAUUCUUGCUUCGCUAUUCCUCAAAGAAGAACUGGGUCCAAUCGGUCGAGUAGGGUGUGCAUUAUGCAUUGUCGGUUCCGUGAUUAUUAUCCUGCACGCACCAGCGGAUAAGGACAUUCAGACUGUGGACGAAAUCCUUCAGUACGCUAUCCAACCGGGCUUCCUGCUCUACUCAUUCACGGUUCUCGUCUUUUCUCUCUUCAUGAUUUAUUGGGUGGCACCGACCUAUGGAAAACGCAUUCCACUCGUGUACAUCUCCAUCUGUUCACUGGUUGGAUCCAUGUCCAUCAUGGCUAUCAAAGGCUUUGGCAUCGCUCUAAAGCUCACCUUCGCUGGCAACAAUCAGCUCACCCAUCCGAGCACCUACGUGUUCGGCAUCGUCGUCGCAGUCUGCAUCUUGGUCCAGAUGAACUUCUUCAACAAGGCUCUAGCAACCUUUUCGACCAAUGUGGUCAACCCAACUUAUUUUGUUACAUUUACGACCAGCGUUAUUAUCGCUUCAACAAUCCUGUUCCAGGGUUUCAACACCGCCAAUAGUACCACGACCUUUACCCUCCUAGCUGGAUUUGUCGUAACAUUCCUCGGCGUUCACCUACUCAACAUUUCUCGUAUCCCAGAGCCUCCGCCAUUGGUAACCGACCACGAGCCGUUGGCAAGCGCCGCGCUCGAAACAGGGGUUAUGCUACCCCGCAUGAGCAUCUCUGGUAAUCUGUCGCAGGAUGGCUGGCCUCCAUCGACCGGUGUGGCCUUCCACGGAGGGCACUCUCGACGUGGUAGCAUCAAUCGUGCACCGCACGGACCUCAACGUACGCACUCUGUCGCCUUUUCCGAAGAGGAUGGUGCCGUUCGAAUGGAGAGGCUCAGAGAAGAUGAAGAAGACUACGAUGCAGAUGAACGGACGAGGUUGACGGGAAAUUCUGAUGAGCUACCACGAUCCAGACCCUCACCGUUAUCGUCGCACAGGGAAAGGCCGCCACGGAUAGAUGGCCAAACGUGA